UCGCGUCCCCAUGGCAUGCGCGAGGCGGCGGCUGGGCACCGCCAUUUUGGCCGGUGGCCUUAGAACACGCCGUGCGAUCGGGACUUGAAGGCGGGAGUUGACUUGGCCUCGGCGCUCCGCUCGGCGCAGCGGUCUGUUCCUCCAGAAGAGCUGGAUGUUCUUACUUCCUUAGAAUUAUGGCGGAUAAGUUAACAAGAAUUGCUAUUGUCAACCAUGACAAAUGUAAACCCAAGAAAUGUCGGCAGGAGUGCAAAAAGAGUUGCCCGGUGGUUCGAAUGGGAAAAUUAUGCAUAGAAGUUACACCCCAGAGCAAAAUAGCAUGGAUUUCAGAAACUCUGUGUAUUGGUUGUGGUAUUUGUAUUAAGAAAUGCCCCUUUGGCGCCUUAUCAAUUGUCAAUUUACCAAGCAACUUGGAAAAAGAAACAACACAUCGGUAUUGUGCCAAUGCCUUCAAACUUCACAGGUUGCCUAUCCCUCGUCCAGGUGAAGUCUUGGGAUUAGUUGGAACUAAUGGUAUUGGAAAGUCUACUGCUUUAAAGAUUUUAGCAGGAAAGCAAAAACCAAACCUGGGAAAGUAUGAUGAUCCACCCGACUGGCAAGAAAUCUUGACAUAUUUCCGUGGGUCUGAAUUGCAAAACUACUUUACCAAGAUUCUAGAAGAUGACCUAAAAGCCAUCAUCAAGCCUCAGUAUGUAGACCAGAUUCCCAAGGCUGCAAAGGGGACAGUGGGGUCUAUUUUGGACCGAAAAGAUGAAACGAAGACACAAGCAAUUGUCUGUCAGCAGCUUGAUUUAACCCACCUAAAAGAACGGAAUGUGGAAGACCUUUCAGGAGGAGAAUUGCAGAGAUUUGCUUGUGCUGUCGUUUGCAUACAGAAAGCUGAUAUUUUCAUGUUUGACGAACCUUCUAGUUACCUAGAUGUUAAGCAACGCUUAAAGGCUGCUAUCACUAUACGGUCGCUGAUAAAUCCAGACAGAUACAUCAUUGUGGUGGAGCACGAUCUAAGUGUGCUGGACUACCUGUCUGACUUCAUCUGCUGCUUAUAUGGCGUACCGAGUGCUUAUGGCGUUGUCACUAUGCCUUUCAGUGUAAGAGAAGGCAUAAAUAUAUUUUUGGAUGGCUACGUCCCAACAGAAAAUUUGAGAUUCAGAGAUGCAUCGCUUGUUUUUAAAGUAGCUGAAACAGCAAAUGAAGAAGAAGUAAAGAAAAUGUGUAUGUACAAAUACCCUGGAAUGAAGAAAAAGAUGGGAGAGUUUGAACUAGCAAUUGUAGCUGGAGAGUUUACAGAUUCUGAAAUCAUGGUGAUGUUGGGGGAAAAUGGUACUGGUAAGACGACGUUUAUCAGAAUGCUCGCUGGAAGACUUAAACCUGACGAAGGAGGAGAAGUACCUGUUUUGAAUGUCAGUUAUAAGCCUCAGAAAAUCAGUCCCAAAUCAACUGGCAGUGUCCGACAGCUGCUGCACGAAAAGAUCCGAGACGCCUACACUCACCCGCAGUUUGUGACAGACGUGAUGAAGCCUCUGCAGAUUGAAAACAUCAUCGACCAGGAGGUGCAGACUUUAUCUGGUGGUGAACUGCAGCGAGUGGCACUAGCGCUUUGUUUGGGCAAACCGGCCGACGUCUAUUUAAUUGAUGAGCCGUCUGCAUAUUUGGACUCUGAACAAAGAUUGAUGGCAGCUCGAGUCGUCAAACGCUUCAUCCUGCACGCUAAGAAGACCGCCUUCGUUGUGGAACAUGACUUCAUCAUGGCCACCUACCUAGCAGAUCGAGUCAUCGUUUUUGAUGGUAUCCCAUCUAAAAACACAGUUGCGAACAGCCCUCAAACCCUCUUGGCAGGCAUGAAUAAAUUUUUGUCUCAGCUUGAAAUUACAUUCAGAAGAGAUCCAAACAAUUACAGACCAAGAAUAAACAAACUGAAUUCCAUUAAGGAUGUUGAACAAAAGAAGAGUGGAAACUACUUUUUCUUGGAUGAUUAGACAGAAGCUAAGAAUACUGACAAGCCAUUUAGUAAAGGAAACACUGGGACUUUUGAUCAUACAGCAGCUUAUGCCUGACGUACUCUGGAGCUUGAAGUCUAAUUCACAUACCAUCAAAAGCCAGUUGUGUUUUAAUUGUAGUCUGAACACAGAAAAUACUCUUCUGUUCUUGAUGAUAAAGCCCUUUCUGUGUGUGACUUUCUAAAACGAAGACAUUCAAGCUUUAUAAAUUACCUCCGAGUUUUUUCGAUGUAGGGAAGAUUUUCACUGAGUUAUAUUCGUGUACCAAAUGCUGACCAGUGUUGUCCCUUGGGGGUGGGGGGAGAAACCUUGAAAAGGUUUCUGUACGUGAUUUGCCAAGUAUGCCAGUACAAUGAAGCUGCCCUUAUUUUAAAAACCAGCUGAUGAUCCACUGAUGAAAUUUGGAAAAUAAACAUCAGGAUUAUAUUUGUUACUUGUUUGCAGUCUUUGCACUCUAUUGCCACUGUGUUUAAGCGGACUGUAGGACACCACUAGAAAUGGCUACUAUCAGUAUAAGCGCUGUCGCCUAUCCUUCUGGUGCCUUUGAAUACUUUUAUCCAAAUUUAUUUCCAUACGAACCUGUCCUGGCAGGGGCAGGGAAGGAGAAAGCCCUUACCGAGUUAAUUUAGCACUCCAUAAAAUUCUGUAUUUCAUAAAUAUCCUCAAGGUAAUGCCAUUCUUUAAAUGUACGUCUGUAUAGUCACUGAUUAAAAUUCAGGUAAAUUGUUUCUAUGACAUACUUCCCUUAAAAGUACAGGAUCAGAAUCUGUAAAAUCGGUCAUCUCUGUAAAAUCAUUAGAUUUCCAACAGGUAACCAAAUGCAAGUCAACUGCUUUAAGGCAACACUAAAGCAAGUGUCUAGCAGUGAUAAAAUAUCCUUAGCACCAAAUACAUUCAUCUUUCCAUGUUUGCAUUUAAAAUCUUUUUUCCCCUUAAUUUUAGGUAAUAUGUAGCAAGAAUUCUAAAAAAUUAUCCAAAUGUCUUUGACUUCAGUGGGAUAGAUACCUAUAAUGUAAAAAGCACUUUUAAUUUAUAUAGCUAAUACAGUAAACUGGAACUAACAAAUAAUGGGGCAAAAGGGGGAUUGGAAAAUACUAGGCAACUUGAGUUAGCAGCUUAGAUUAAUACUCAGACGACAGAAAAUAUAGUUUAGCUGGGCUCCACUAGGGCCUUAAAUAAGUGAUGCAAAUAACCCAGAUAUGUUUGUAAAAACUGAAAAAUAUACAGAAAUAGCUGGACUAAAGUUCUCUCCAUUCAUAUCAGCCUCCCAGAGAGACUGCCAGUUUGCACUGAUACAUCUUCCGUGCUUCUUUUCUGUGCACCUGUCAAUAUGUAAAGGGUUUGUUUUGUACAUAAAUACAAUUACACUAAAAUAUUAAAUAAGCAGUGCCUAUUUUUAAAGAUAGGUUAAAUUUGUGAACUAUCAUUUCAAAUCUAUUGAAUAAAAUAUUAUUUACCGAU